GCUUUCAUCUUCACAGAUCUAACAGACAGUAGCAGUUUUGAUAAAGCAAAGUAUUGGGUUGGUCAACUAAAAUCUGCUGAGCCCGUAAGUUCCAAGUUGAAAAAACUAGACUCCAUCUUCAAGACCUUUUUACUCUUGACUUGGUAUUACUAGUAAUAGUUGACACUACAGCUGUGUAGCUCUUUGAAAUAUAUGUUAUGUUUCAAUUUUAUCCUUGGUUCAAAUUUCAUUUUCUUUUGUUUCAAAUGCAUUAUCAUAUUAUUACUAUACAUUGCCAUACCUGAAAACAAAAGAGCACAAAAUUUGUACCAAGGAUAAAAUUGAACCACAACAUAUACCAGUUCACAUUGAAGAUUUUCACACAUAACUGUAACAUGCAAUAUGUGAGAUAAGGCAGGAAACGCAAGGUCAAUUCAUGCAGCUUUGAUCAAAACACCCUUGGUGUUUCUUGAAUUUUUUCAAAAUACUUUGCUUUAAAAAAACUUUAUGGUGAGCUAGCGUGCAAAAAGUACUUCUAGGCACUUUACCUACACUGUGAAAAUGUAGCCUCUGCUCGCAGGAUAUAGUAAUCAUCCAUUGUUCUGUUGAUAAGCUACAAAUGCUUGAUUUGUUUUUAUUGUUCGCUUUGGAAAACUUGCUUGUUUGUGGAUUGAGCCCCAAAGUGAUUUGUGUCUGACAAAUUUAAAUGGUUUCCAAUCAAAGAUUUGUAAAUAUCAUCUGUAGUGAAUUUUCACUUAUUACAUGUAAAGACCCUUUUAAACUGUUUAAUUUUCUUUAUUGCUGUCACUGUUACUGUUAGGAUUGCAAGAUUUAUCUUUGUGGAACUAAACUAGAUUUGAUAGAAGAAGCCAGACAACCAAGAGAAGUUCAAAGCAAAUCUAUCACAAAUUAUGGCAGAGGUUAGUUAAAACAUUAACUAACUUCUACACUAACUUCAAUUAUGGAAAUUCUGACUACUGUCACUGUUUCCACACUUUAUUCUGCCUUGUCUUGUUAUACUGACUUAAAGUUAUUUGUGUAUCAGUUAAUUUACACUUGUUCAUUUUUUGUGCCUGUAGAAAUUGGUGGAGAUGUAUUUGAAACAUCCAGCAAAAGAGGCUACAAUGUUGGUAAGUUGUUGGUACAUAAUUUGUGGCGUUAAAAUAAAUUUCUAAAACUAAAACAUUGUAAAAAUCCAAGUGAAAGACAUAUUUUUUUAACAAACAUAUUUCUCAUCACUAUCCUGUUAUUUUUCGUUUUUAUCAGACAAAGUUUUUGAGAAAAUAGCAGAAGAUUUUAUGAAAAAUAAUAAAAUGCAAGCAUCAGGUAUGUGACUUAUCACAAUCAAAAGCAACUAAAUUAGAUACUUAUUACCAGUAACUAUAGUCCUAGCAGAUACACUCUCGUCCAACACUUACCAUAGAUUAUAGGUUUUAAGCCCUACAAAGUAGGUUGAAAUAUUUCAAAACAGGCUUAUUACAAAUAAAAUUAAUGUUUUAAUAUUUUCUCACCACAUAAAACAAAAAUUAAAACUCAGAUUUGACUGUAAGCAGUAUACUACAAAACAAAAUAUAUAUUAGAUACUUAUACCGGUAGCUGCACUACAUGUGAUGUCACUUUUGUGUUUCAUAGUUGAUACUCUAGAACUUUUAAACUUCUCUUUUCAUCUUGUUUAUAGGACCAAAAGGAGAUUUGCAGCUAGAGAGAUCAACAGCUAAGAAGUCUUGCUGCUAACAAAGCCAGGAUGAAAUGCUGGACUGCAAAAGGCAAAGGGGGUCCCUGUGGCAUGAUCUGGUGAAACAGGAAACCCAGAUCAAACCACUGUCGUGUAACAUGAUAAGUUGUGAAAAGAGACUUAAAAUACUUAUAUAUAAAUAUCUUAGAUUAUCUUUGAAUUAUGUUUUUAAAAUUUGAAAAUUUACAUCAAAUUACCAGUACUACUGCAAUACAAUAUAGUCUAAUCCCGUUAUUACGGACUUCAAGAGGGCCAUAUAAAGUAUCCAUUUUAAGCAAGUUGAAUUUAGAGAAAAUCUAAGGGCUUUCUUUCCCCAGGGACAAAGCAAACUGUCCAUAAUAAUGGGAUUGUAUUGUUGGUUUUUACUUAAAUGAUUUUAGCUUUUUGGUAAUUCAAGAGAACAGCCUUCUGUCAUUGCACAAAAUAUCUCCACUUGUCUAUUGGAAUGUUUUUAUUUAUGUCGAAGGAUAAACAGUUUCUUGCAGGAAUAUGCCAAUUUUUUUAGUUUUCCACAGAAUUUUAUCGAAAUCAUAGCUGCUACAUUAUAGAAAUGUGGCAUAUCAAGAUAGAAGAAGAGAUGCCACAAAAACAUCACUGAUUAAGACAUUCAAUUCAAAAAUUGUUGUAUUUGUAUUUUUAUUAUUUAUGCGUUUAAAUCCUAGUUACUGAGUUAAAUGUUGAGUAUGAGUUGCUCUUGGUCAUGUCUGAAAGUUGGCAGGAAAAUUUCCCACAUUUUUUUUCAAAUCUGGGAAAGGGAAGUUACACUUAAGUCCAAAAAUAGCACAGUUCUUUUUACGUAUAGAUUUUCCAUGGUGUAUUAUGAAAACUAUCUAGCCUUCUUAGAGGUAUGUCUAAAACUGGAGGAAAAAUUUUAAUUUCAGUUCUUUGACUUUUAUUGAAUUAGCCUGCAUAGCAUGGCGGUUUUGGUUGGUCGCACUAAAUAAUAAAGGUGGGCGAGGUUAGAGAAAGUGCAACCGCUCGUUCGUGCGCACUUUGCGCAUGUUUUUGCAGCUUUGCCGCUCAGUCGUGCUCCCAAUGAAACCGCCAUGCUACACAGGCUAGUAAAUAAAAUUCAUAGGACUUAAAUUUUAUCUAGGACAAGUAGGACUGAUUGGGGGUAAAAUAGGUUUUUGUUGUUGUUGUUUCUCUACUUCUUAAAGGUCAAGUCAGGCCUCUAGGAACUUGUGAAUGAAGUAUGGAGAAUUCGGUUCUAAGUUAGUUUUUCUCGUAAUGUAUUAAAGUGUCAGGUAAACUGCAAAUGGUGCUAUUUAAUUAACAGGUGGGGUGCGUCCACCAUCCAAAACAAUUGGAGUCGACAGCAGCCCCCCCCCUCUUCCUACUUCCUGGUUAAUGUGAGGCAAAUUGUAACUGUGGGUUAGAAGAUUUCUAUCCAACUUUUGUGUCCCAGUUUACAAAAAGUUUGUUUGUAUUUUUUAUAUAUAUAAGGAAUGUUAUUAUAUUAUGAUAUCCAUUCAAAUUAGUGAGUCUCUAUAACAUAUAUAAUAUAUCUAUAUAUACUAUAUAUAAAUUAUUGUAUCCCAUACUCAGCUGCUGCAUACUUAUUAAUAUGUUUGUUAUGUGCUGUUUAGUUAAAGGUAGGCAGGGUUUAGAUGCUAGGCAAUCCUUAGACUCAUGCAAAAAUCUUUAAUAUUAGACUUUUUAGUUAACCUUCGAUAACCUUGUCAAGAAAUGCCAAUGGCUUUUUUUGAUGCAGUAGAAUUUUUUCCUUUCAAAUAAGAAGACAAUCCAGAUUUUUGUCUGUCUUUUUGCUUGUUUGUUUGUUUGUUUUUGUUUUAACACGGAGGCUAAGCCGUUAGUGUUGUCUGUUAAUAAUACUGAAACACUCCUUGAAACAUGUUUGGUGCUCUUUAUACAUCACAAUGGAAAAAAAUUCAAGCCCAGCUUCGCAUAAUUUGUUUUAUUUUUACUGAUGGCUACUGUAGAAAGUAUACCCAUUAAACAACCGUAUAAAGUGUGAUUAUUAAACAUUGAUGAAUUUUCGUUUAUUUUUAUUGAUGGCUACUGUAGAAAAAUAUACCUUCUAAAUAAACUACGUUCAAGAUAUAAAUUGUGAUUAAUCAUAGAGAAUUUUAUUUUUCUUAUCGAAACAAAAACACCAGUUACAAAAUCCCCAAGCUUGAGCGAACACCAAGCAAUAAGUGGAGUGAUGUGCGUGGCUGAACGACGCGUCCACGCCUCUUGGUGUUGUCAGGGUUGUGUGUUCGAGGCCGAAUUUACAAAAUCUCAUGUAGCGAACACUAUUUUAAGGAAUAAGUGUGAUAUGGUAGUUUGCUCCCGCGGUCGACUCUAAUGAAAGUGUGUCUGGCUGUGAAAAACGGUUUGCAAGUUGUCUGGUCUAGGCAGGAGUCCACGGGCGAUUAUUCCAAAGCGCAAACUUCGUCAAAUGUGGGCAAACUCUCCUGAGUUGCCUUCCUAAGAACCAUAUCCAUGCAAGUUCAGACAGCGGAGAAAAAAAAUCGUCGUCACAGGCAACGAAGGAUUACGUGACGAGCAAUACAAGAUUAUCUACGCUAGUGUAUGUACGCCAGUGAGAUGUAUCAGCACCCACCAUCAACCCUCUCCCCCGUCCCCCUCCAAAAAAAAUUCACCCGUGCUAUUACGCUGGCCGGGUUUCAAAUGCGUGGUACACAGCACAAAACGAAGAAAGGAAGCUUACUAUCGUACAUGUGUUCCCCGUAAUCAACCUGAAGAAACCCUUUUAAAACAUCUCAGCUUAAGAGUUUAAAAAAUCUUGAGCUGAGAGCGUUAAUUGUGCCCGAUGAAACUUUAUACCUCCAGACGUCAAAGAUAUGCUAUGCAUUCGCUUCUCACGUGACGAAACAGACAACUUCGGUUUCACUUGAGUUUCAGCUUUCACAUAUCGCGUCCUUGAAACAGUCUGACCUGAUCAGUUUGAGCUUAUAUUUGAGCCUUGACGAGGCCUUAUAACACAACACAAACUGGGAAUAAACUGUUAAAAAGCCGGGAAGUUGUAGUGUAGUCAUUUAAAAAGGUAAGCUCAAAGUUUUCAAUUUGUCUUUUGAAAGAUGUCCACUGUCGCUUCUGUCUUGCGAGUCGCUGCUGCUGAUUUUCAUUGUCGUCUUUAGCCGUUUAGUUUAGUUAACCUUGAGUUUGAUUUCCAGACCACUUCGUUCGUGUGUUUAAAAGAUCAUACUUCUAAACAGCUUACUAUACACGACAUAUACUUUUAUCAUCGAUAAAAAUUGUGAUCAUCAUCAUAUUUGAUCAUGAUGAUGUAAAAGAAUGGUGGAUUAUCUCGGUUUGCCCCAUAAAUAAACCGAAACUUCCGCCCUAGACAUUGCAAAGACUGUAAGUAUUGGCUAUUAGUAUGUGAAUGUUUAAUGAAUGUAAAGUUUGUCCGUCAUUUCUCAUUUUGUCCGGGUUUCAAAACUCUCAACGAGGGCUCCUAAAUAUUAAACCGUGUGAUGUGUGCUUGUUGUCACGCGGCCAUUCACCCAGAGAUGAUUAUAAUUUUUUCUCACACCGAGAAAAAUUCAUUGAAUUAACAGUGGGUAAGGAAUUCCACUUGAAAGGGUCAGGAAUGCUCAUCAAAAAGUUUGAGUUGAAAUCCUAAGGGGACCAAUCUGGACGUGGGUAACACUUUAUUUGACCCUAAAGGAGAGGAUAGUCAGUAGUCAUACCCAGUGUAUGAAGGCAUUUGGUUUUAUUAUAUUUUACAUUUCUUUGCACAUGAACCUGAAAAGUACCUGUAUGGGUAAAAAUAUUGACUUUCUAUCCUGAAUACCCCAAGGAAGAUUGAAAUCCCAAAUUUUCACCCCUAAGUGAGAUAAGGGCUUCUCUGUUCAUUUCAUAUGGGGUACUAAACCCUCCUCCUUCCCUCUUGGAUUCAAAUGUAAGGAGUUGGUGGGCAUUGAUUUGAAACCAAGAAGGCUUCCAUUACAGUAAGUCCUCAAUCUCAGUGAUCUAAACAGAAAAAAAUGGGGGAUUGUUAACAGUCAAGUUUAUUUGCAUUUCCUUUUAAAAUAUGUCACCUUCUAAACUUUUUUCAAUAUAUUUACUCUCACCCUGUUGUUUUUGUUUGAGCAUGUGUCCAUGGAGUCAUUCUUAAAUUCAGAUACUGAAGGGGGCUUACAGUUGAAUGUGCCUUAUGAUGAAACUUUAAACAGUUUGGUCAACUACAAUUCAGAACUUAUCUAUGGUCCCACUUCUUCACAUACACACCCAAGUCAAGGAACUUCUCCAUUGGACAUCAGGCGCAAGCUCCCAACUAAACUGUCUAAAAACCCAAGUUCUUACGAAAAAGAGAUUCGUCAAUUGGUGAUUGACUUAUACUCAGACAAGAAAGUGUCCAAUCAGAAUCUUGACCAAUCAACAAACAUGACAUCUUCAGCUAGUUAUUAUAAGGUACAAGAAAGAGGACAUUCUGUGGUACAAGAGUCUGGGGAUCCUGUGCUGCAAGAGCAAGAGGCUAGAGUUCAUUUGUUGGAAACAACUGCCCAUCCUGUGGUGCAAUUGCCUGAAACUCCUAUAUCACAAGGGCCACCAUCUGAAGGUGCAUCAUUGUGGGGUACUCAGAGAGUGAGUGCCCCUCAGCCCCUUGAUAUCAAACGUGUGACAGAGCCUUCCCAGAACCUCUCAGAAUCUGGCUCAGAGGGGUAUUUUUCCCAAGAAAAUAGUAUUGCAUCAGCAGAAGAGGGUACAAUACAGAGUUUACAGGAGCUACAAAGUUAUUUGGCAAAAUAUCAGACCAGCAAGCAAGGUACAUCCUACAAUGCUAUUGUCUCCUUACUUGCCCCUGCCUCUCCCCACCCCACCAUUUCAUUUGGAGCGCUGACCUUCCCCCCACUUCCUGUCACAUCCAUCCUGUAUUAUAAAAUUCUCUUUGAUAUCUCCAUGCUUCAUAAUCUCUAGGUUUAUUACCUGACUAAUUUCCCCUGAUAAAUAUUACAAGGUAUUAAUUUGUUAAUAGGACAGUAUUAUUUGAUCCUUCAAGUUUCUAAGUGGUGUACCGUAGUAUGGAAAUUUCUUUCUUCUGGAACAAUUUCUUUUGUCAAGUAUUUGCCAAACUGAAGAUUUACAAAUCUCUGCUUAUAUAUUUAGUAAAAGAUUGGCUCUAUUUACUCCUGACAACCCUCUUUGGCUAAUUUAGUGUUAAAUAUCACAAAAUCUUUUCCUCACAUCGUAGAAUUGUCCUCCAGAAAUGUCAGCUUCUCCUCAGACAUGACGACUCCAUUAUUUGAUGACUCUGGGAUACAUCUUGAGUUUACGCUGCCUUUUGACACAGACAUACCUGAGGAAGGGGCUUUGCAUAACAAUAGUGAUGGACAGAGAGAGACAGAGGCCUGCCUACGACCUUCUUUCUUUUUCACAAAAGAUGAAGAGAGUGAACCAGAUAUUUCACUGUUGGAAAUGUUUCAAGGCUCACAGAGACAAGGAGACGGAGAAAAUGGUGUCAACAAAAAUCUGGCGGCAAGGGACGGUCAAGCAAACGAUCUUGUUCCUUCCAAGGAGGACAUCCCAAGAAAACAGAUAUCUGGUUCCAGUCAUGUUCAGAAUUUCCCUGCUUUACAGAUCCCUGAAAAUGAAUAUGAAAAUAAGCCCCUCUGGUAUGGUCAUGAAAAGAAGGCGGAACUUGCAGUCACAGAGAUGGGAACAAGGGUGCAGAUUCCAGACACGGCUCAAUUUGCUGUUCCAAGUUCUGGAGAUAAUAAAAGUGUCUUUUCGUUGGAAAACGUGCAACUUCCAAAGUCUCUAAAAGAUCGUGAAAGCAGGGCGGAUCUUGAAGCCACAGACGGUAUAUUAGCAAUGCAGAGACCAUUUGUGAGGGAAAGCUGUCAUGAGUUUGAACUUCAGCGCGCGGGUUUGGAAGGAAAAUUGGAAUCUCUACAAGAGGAGUUUGCUAAUGUUUUAGAAGAGAGGAAGAGGCUUCAGUUAAGACUCCAGGCAUUGGAGGCCAGACUUAAGGAUGAGGUACAGAAAGCGCGAGAAACCAAACCAACGGCGGUAACGCUAGUUGACGAACUGCGAAAAAAUAAGGCUGAGCUGGAAAACCAGCUGAUGAAAUUACAGAGUGCUUACGAAGAAAAAAGCGAUGGGCUUACUGCGGCACUUGAGCGCUUGAAGACAGCUGGUGGAACUAUUCAGACUCUGAAACAAAAGGUGUCGAUAUUAGAGGAAGAAAUAUGUCAAAGAGAAAAAACGGUGACUGCGCUUCAAGCUGAGAUGGAUAGUCUUAGAAAAUUGCUUGAGCAAGCUAAAGACCAGAACGAACAAUUUAGGAAUGAGAAUAAAGCUCUGAAUGCAGAAAUAGCGAGUCUGGUAGAGGCUAAAGAAUGGCUACAGAAGCAGCUUUCUGUAGCUGGAGAAGCGAGGACAAAGAUGCAGCUUGAAGCUAGCGAACGUGAGUCCACGUUGGCAGCGAAAAAUCAGCUGAUUGAGCAGCUGAGAUGUGACAGUGCACGUUCGGCUCAGCAACUUUCAGAACUACAACAAAGCUCCCUCGCAGAGAAGUCGAAUAUUUUAAAGCACAUGGAGCAGGUUGAAGAUAGUGUCAACCAGCAAAAUCUGGCUUUCAAAGAGAUGGAAAUUGAUAAGCAAAGGAUGGAAAGAACUUUAAGAGAGAGAGUCGAGUCACUGACAAGUGAAAACAAGAGGCUUCUUAAGCUUAUUAGUUCAGCUGGGGAAAUUGAGAAAGAACUUGAUGCGGCCAAAAAAGAUGUGGUUUUGAAAGAGGCUUUGCUGGACGCUAUUACGAAAGAAAAAGACGAAAUCAGUCAGCAACUGAAGCUAGCACGUGAUUCCACAGAGGAGUUUAAAAGAAAUAUUAACGAGUUGGAGUCAAAGUUCAACGAAAUUAAACAAGAGCUCAAGACAGCGCAAAAAGACAUAAGCGAAAAGGAGAAGUAUAUUGAGAAACUGAACGAAGAAAAGCGAAUUUUGAAAGAGAAUCUAGAAGUUGCAAACCAGGAACGUGCAGCGUGUGAUAAUGCCAUUCAAACACUGAGGCUGGAUCUUGAGAAAGUUGAUCGUCGAUUUAAGCUUAUGAAGAGGGAACUGACCGCAAAGAAAUGCCAGCUUGAAGAGACAACUCGACAGAAGGAUAGUUUUAUGGGCGAACUGCGCGCUUUAAGAGAGGGUUUGGAGAAUCAAGUUAGCUUAAACGGUGCCAUAAAAGAACAGUUAGCACAGAAGGAGAAACUCAUUGAAGAAUUCCAAGAAAUGAAAGUCGCUCUGGAAAAGGAGAUUGGUAGUUUGAAUCGGCAGAUAGAGUCUGCACAAGACGAGCUCACAAGAAUGGACCACGAGAGAAAUGAGAUCCAGGAAAAACUUCAGUCUGCAGUGAGGUAACCAAGUUAUAAAUAAUGGUUUGCUUAAAGAAAAAACAUGAAAACUAUGAAAAACAUCCUUCAAGGUGGCUCGAUGGGGUUUUUCAGGGUCAAUACUUACCUAAUUUAUCUCGUUUUCGCACGUCCAUACGAAAAUGCUAAACCGACGGAAACCAGGAAACACGUCCACUGGCGAAAACUUUACUGAAAGCGCAUACGUCUUAUGAAAUUUCACGUGAUCGGUAAUAAAACACAAUAGCAUUCCUUACAGAGAAUGCGUAAUGCCAGAAGCACAUGAUGUAUUUUACUCGAUAACCUCCAUUUUCGUCCCACCCCUUGUAAGCAAUUAGCCGGCGUUUUCAAAACUCACACUCUGAAAACCAUCAGGUUCGAAAAACUAAAUUUUUUUGGUGCCCCAAAACGCCGUUUACAUGAGGACAGAAGGCUAAAACGGAGAAAAAAUGCUCGUUUUCAAAAAUAUCCGGAUACUUCUAAGCUGGGCCUUUUUAAUGUCUGCGCGUAAGCUCUUCGAGUGGCAAGGGUUCACGCGCAAUCGCGAGAGACUGAUUUGGGCGGGAUUCUUUGCCUGUCGCUAUUCUCAGGUAGGGAUUUUCAGUGCUGGCAGGCUAUUUACACUGCGAACGUAAUUUAGCUGGACUAGAUGUUCAUUUAAACGAUAUUGAAAGGAAGAAUAUUAUGUUCUGUUUGUAGGGAAAUUGUCAAGAAAGAGGAGAAGUUUCAAAAGUCCCUAAUGGAACGAGCAAGGUUGGAAGGCGAACUCGAGACAACAAAACAUUCAAACAAGGAAGAAAAUGAAGCAUUAAAAAGUCAAAACGCAACGAUUGUAGAAGAAAGCAAGAAAGAAAAGAUGCUGCUACAGGCAGAAGUUACGAAGGAGCGGGAUAAAGUUAUUAACUUGGAGCAAGAACUUAAAUUUCUAACCGAUGAAACUCAGAGAAAGGAAAUACUCUAUAAUCAGGAACUACAGACUACGGAGGCGAGUUUGGAGGAAAUGAAAAGUAGAAAGGAGAUCGCGGAACAGGAAUUGAAGAAACUUCAUGAAUUGACCGAGGAAAGAAUUGAGGAACUGAAGAAUACCUACAAAAGCAAACUUGAAGUACUCAAACACGAACUUGAUUCUGUGCACCAUGAAAAGGUAACGAAAAACUUGCGAUAUCAUCCCAUACCUAUACUGUACCUCAGUAUCCAUUAUGUUGAGGUUGAGCCCUCUUAUUUUUGGCGAACAGGUAACUGAGGGCCAGCUUAACUGGCCACCUUUGACAAGUGCGUAUCCUUUUCUUUGCUGUACUUUGAUUGGAUAAUAAUUCUCCCGCCAUUUUUUCGACCAAUCAGAAGUAUAAGCAAAACCAAUCAUUUACUGUUCGCACCCGUUUUCCCGCGCUUUGCGUCUUCCAAUUUUGAUUGGUUAUUAAUCCUGGUUUCCAUAUCAUCGUCCGGCUUGUCUCAAUCGCCUAGACAGUCUAAAUGAUUAUUCGGGAACUUACCUAAAGAGCUGCCUCGUCCCCAGUUGCUCGCGAUCGCUUAUUUUGGGGAUAUGUAUAAUUUAGGAGAGCGGGUCGAAGGGGAUGAUGGGUAGGGAAGGAGAAGAAAAAACUUUCCCUUUUGUCCAUUUGUUCCUUUUAAUCACUCCCCGUUUGCUCUGCAAUCGCUCCCAUUAUCCCGUCGCGCUUUUCCGCGCUGGUCUUGCUUCCUUCUCAACGUUGGAAAAGCAGUUGGAGGAGGCAGCCUAAAUAGAGGCUUAAGUUCUAUCGGAUCUGCAAUCGUGUGGGUCAUACAGCAUCGUAUCAGAAUGACCUUCUUGAACGCUGGAAAACAUUUUGAGACGAUUCGGGCGACUUGUGGAUGGUCAUUAAACUUGAAAAAGUAUAUUAAUAUCGCUACUCUAGGUAAGAAAAUGUUACUCCAUUUUAAUUUUUACUAUUAUUCUUUCUCAAAGGUUGAAUUAGAGGAAGUUUAUAAUGCAUUGUGUACAAAGUCCUCUCACGAACUUGCGAUGAAAGCCCGAGAAAUUAACCAAAUGGAAAAAGAACUCUCAUUAUUGAAGGAAAUGCUGAAACAAAGGAAAGCAGAGGCCGAGAAGAUGCAGCUUUGCGCAAUUGAACUCGAGCGAGAAAAAGGUCGCUUGGCUGGAGUGUUAGCAAGUCAGAAAGCCUUACGAGAACAUGUGAUAAAGAUGGAAAGUGACAUGGCAACAAAGGAAUCAGCUCGCCUUGAGAUGGAGAGUGAAGUGGAAAGACUGAAGAAAGAAGAUGAAAUACAGAAAAAGACGGCAAGUGAACGAAUUGGAAUGCUGGAAACAACGUUGAGUAAUCUAAAGGAAGAAAGCAAAAAUGUUCGAGAUGCACUUAGAAGAGAAAGGAGAGAAAAUGCUACAUUAAGAGGUGAAUUGGAAGAGAAAGUUAAUGAACGACUGGAGUUAAUCAAAAAGUUAGGCAGCGCUGAAAAACAAGUAAAGCAACUGCAAGGAAAGAUGGAAAGGCAAAUUGAUGAAGUGAAAAGGUAUCGUACGCAACUAGAAAUCAUGAAAAGUAGCCUUACAGAACAACAGACUGAACGAGAGAAUUUGCAAAGAAAAUUGGAGGCGGUAUUAGAACAAGAAAUGGUGAAGGACAGUCAAAUUCAAAGCUUGGAGUGGGAGGUUAGUCGACGAACAAAAGAAGUGGAAUACCUAAAGGAACAGUUUCGAAUGACGGAAGAACGACAGCAGUUAGAAUUGGAAAACUUGAAAACUGCUCUUCAGGUUUCCAGAAGUGAAACAACGUCCUUGCGUUCCGACUUGUCAGAAGCAAGAAAAACCAAAUGUGCUUACCAAACAAAAACGUUUGAAUUGAAGGAUUUACUUCUCACCUCCAGGCAAGUUACGGAGUCAUUAAAACAAAAGUUAUUUGUGAAGCGGCAGGAGUUGAAUUCCUUGCUGGAUGACGUGCUUGCUGCCAGGAAUCUUCAGCAACUACAGGAGGAAGUUACUAACAGAAGAGAAGCAAUAUCCGACGAGUAUAAAGAAACAACGGACGAUACAGAUGCUGCUGGAAUAGACGAUGCAAGUUGCUUAAGGUAUGGGAAAUACAUGCUUUGAGAAUUGGGUGAUAGGGCAAGGAAGGUAGCCUGCAAAGCAGGCGUAUUUUGCUGUGCGAUCAAUUCGACUGACCGAGAGUUGGGGCAGGGUNGAAGUGAAACAACGUCCUUGCGUUCCGACUUGUCAGAAGCAAGAAAAACCAAAUGUGCUUACCAAACAAAAACGUUUGAAUUGAAGGAUUUACUUCUCACCUCCAGGCAAGUUACGGAGUCAUUAAAACAAAAGUUAUUUGUGAAGCGGCAGGAGUUGAAUUCCUUGCUGGAUGACGUGCUUGCUGCCAGGAAUCUUCAGCAACUACAGGAGGAAGUUACUAACAGAAGAGAAGCAAUAUCCGACGAGUAUAAAGAAACAACGGACGAUACAGAUGCUGCUGGAAUAGACGAUGCAAGUUGCUUAAGGUAUGGGAAAUACAUGCUUUGAGAAUUGGGUGAUAGGGCAAGGAAGGUAGCCUGCAAAGCAGGCGUAUUUUGCUGUGCGAUCAAUUCGACUGACCGAGAGUUGGGGCAGGGUAACUUUGGAUAGUGGUUGGGGACACAGUCGAUUGUGCUCACAAAUCUUGUCUUUUUCCAGGCCUGUAGCCGGUCUUCAAGAGUGCAUGUCUUCACUCAGGUGAGAUAACGGCAUUUCGUUACUAACGAUUAUUUUUCUUCUGAAUUGAACAAAUACAGUCAAACCCGGUUAAUACUGUCACUGAAGGGGUCACAAAAAGUGCCCGUAUUAUAAUAAGCGGGUUGAAUUUAGAGAAAAUGCAAGGACUUUCCUUCCCCAAGGACAAAGCAAACUGACCGUAAUAAUGAUGUAUCCGUGUUAGGCGGGUGUCCGUAAAUCGGGCUUUGACUGUAGAACGUGCAUUACGAUUGAGAUUCGCAUGUGGUGUGGACAGUAUACAAUAUGUAUGACCUACUUGAGUUGCGACGUUUAAAUCUUCUUUUCUUUUCAAUGCCAUUGUUAUUUUCAUAAUUUUGUGUUCGACAAGCAAAUGGUUUACUGCUCUGACCUUACCUUUAAAUUGGUUGGAUUUUCCAGGUCGCAAAUCAGUAAUCUACAGAAGCAAAUGAAUGAUCACACAGACUCCGUGUUAACAGCUACGACAUCCUGGAGGUAA